GUCUCAGGGGGGACCGCGCGAAUUAACAUCAGUGAACGUAAGAUAGCUUCCGAAUACCGUUGUCUCAUGGAGAAGUGAGCCUUCGUGAUUCCGAAUUCGGCUUCCGCCUGCAAGCCAUUACAAGUGCAGCACCUACUUCGACUGGGCGAUCCCCCGGAUCAAAUAACCGACAUGGGUACGGCACUGGACACGUUCAUGUCCUACCUACGGGUACCUCUUCUCGCCUCUUCAGGUAUCGCGGCUCUUUGUAGUGGUCUUCUAUACUUCAAGCAAAAUGAGCUUAUUUACCCCAGAGCAUUUCCACCUGAUGCUCGGACCAACGUUCCACGGCCUUCGCAGUUCGGCCUCACGGACUACGAGGAGCUGUUCAUUCCCACACCUGACGGCGAGUCCCUUAGCGCUUUCUACCUUCGACCAAACGAGCAACACGCCCGUAACGUGACCGUUCUUAUGUUCCACGGCAAUGCUGGCAACAUUGGCUAUCGACUUCCUAUCGCUAAGGUUCUUGUCAAUGAUCUCCGUUGCAAUGUACUUAUGCUCCAGUAUCGCGGCUAUGGUUUAUCCUCUGGCAAUCCCAACGAAAAGGGGCUCAUGAUCGAUGCUCAAACAGGCCUCGAUUACAUUCGUCAGCGAUCAGAAUUGCGAGGCACACGGAUAGUUAUCUAUGGACAGAGUAUCGGAGGCGCUGUAGCUAUUGGCCUGGCUUCUCGAAACAAGAAACAGAACGACAUCGCUGGUGUCGUUUUGGAGAAUACCUUUACCUCAAUCAGGAAACUAAUUCCAUCUGCGUUCCCUCCUGCUCGAUUCCUUGCACCGCUCUGUCAUCAGAUAUGGCCGAGUGAAGAGACGCUCCCGACGAUCACCACGAUACCGUUCCUCUUCUUGAGCGGACUGAAAGACGAGAUCGUUCCAGCGUCCCACAUGGCCCGCUUAUACAAGAUCUGCAGAGCACCAAAGGUAUGGCGAGAGCUCCCCAAGGGGUCCCACAACGACACGGUUGCAGAGCCUGGGUACUUCCAGUACAUUGACGACUUCUUGGAGGAAUUCGUUGCAGCAUGAACCAAUGACUAUGCAGAUUGUGUUCAGUCAACGUAGUCGGCCCUUUUAUGGAUCACCUGCAAGGCGACACUUGCAUGUUUCAAUAGACCAAUGAACGUCAGCUUCUGUGUCAUUUAGACCUCCUUUUCGAACGGUAAACUCGCUCAUUGCAACGGUCGCAUCAUGAUCCGAUGUUGCACAACCGACUCAUCACAGUGAUGUAAGGUUCACUUGCGAUAAAUAUGAGGGAUUGUGACGAAGUUCGUUCGCCUGGGAUGCAUCGUCAAGUGCAUCGUCACGUGCAUGUCUUGAUAGCCACUGUAUUGACAUAGUAAUGACAGACGUCG